AUGAGACUUAAUCACGCCCUAGCUGGUUUACAGCCGUGGUGGUGGCACGCUUGUAACGUCUCGCUUCACGCCGUAUGUUGCGCGCUGGUCACAAGGACUUGUAUCACAAUAGCUCGUCUGCAACGUCCAUUCGCUGCACUGGCGGCCCUAUUAUUUGCGGUUCAUCCUAUUCACACCGAAGCGGUAGCUGGAGUGGUUGGGAGAGCAGAUGUUAUGGCGUGUGUAUUUUUCCUGUUAUCUCUUUUAGUCUACCAGAGGCCUACAAGCGGUAAGAAGUGUGUGUGGUUGAGCGUUUUUCUUGGAGCGCUUAGUAUGCUUGCAAAAGAGACUGGCGUUACAGUACUUCUGCUAAAUCUUGUCAUCGAUUUUUAUAGACGUUGGCCGUUUGUAAAGAGGUCAUUUUACUCAAUGAAAAUGGAGAACAAGUGCGCUGGUCUGUCGGUCCGAACAUUCAAAGUCUCAGUGUCCCUUGCUUUACUUAUAUACCUCCGUCUUGCGUUACUGCAGGGAACGCUGCCGUCGUUUUCUCCUCAGGACAACCCGGCUGCAUUCCAUCCUAAUUUUCUUGUAAGGCUAAUGACCUUCAGCUACCUGGCAGCUUUCAACUGGUGGCUGCUUCUCUGUCCUUGGACACUAAGUCACGACUGGCAAAUGGAAUCAGUUCUGCUUAUCACCAGUGGCUGGGAUCCUAGAAAUUUACUUACAUUCACAGCGUUUGGUGCGUUAAUACUUCUUUGCUAUCGCUGUGGUGCUGAUAUGGUGAACCACCGACACACGCCUGCCGUUACUGGAGUAUUAUUACUUGUUAUUCCUUUUGUGCCAGCCAGCAAUUUACUUGUUACUGUCGGUUUUGUCAUAGCCGAACGUGUUCUUUACAUACCGAGUAUUGGCAGUGUGAUAAUAACAGCUUACGGCGUUCAAUUAUUGUGGUACUCUAAGCCUGGCACCAAAGCAUUGCUGAUAGUAUGUUUAGCGGUGUUGGUUGGAAGUGGAGUAGCACGGACAUAUCGCAGAAAUGCUGAGUGGCGGGAUCGGCCAACACUUUUAAGGUCGGAUUUGGUGACUUUGCCGCAAAAUGCCAAAUUGCACUACAACUUUGCAAACUUUCUACGUGAGACUGAGCAGCAAGAAAAUGCUAUCAAACAUUAUAAAGAAGCUUUGAGGUUAUGGCCGACGUACUCAAGUGCUCACAACAAUAUUGGCACCAUAGUUAGUGAAAUCGAAAACGCAGAAUAUCAUUUCUUGCAGGCAAUCAAGUUUAACAAGCACAACGCUAAUGCGCAUUACAAUCUUGGAAAGUUGUACAAAAAAAUUGGUCAAACAAAGGAAGCCAUCGAAAUGCUGGAGAAAUGCAUACUCCUUCGCCCUCAGUUCGUUCAAGCUCAUUUAGAACUUGUCUCACUGACACCCGAACCAGAAAAGCAGAAGGUUUUAUGGAGGUUAAUAGAACUGGAGCCUGAUAAUUGGGAAUUUUAUAUUUUAAAUGGAAAUUGGCUGAAAGAAAAAGGUUUUGCUGGACCUGCAUCCAAGUUCUACCUUGAAGCAACAAGACUUGCACUUAAAAAUCGAAAUAUUGAAACUUCAUUAAGGGGGGAUCUGAUUUCAUUUCGAUCUACUGCUUUGAUGUAUAGAAAACUGGGACAAAAAUCAAGGACUUUGCAACUUUUAACUAGAUUUCAAACGUGGCGUAGAGGAUGGCUCAAUAUGGCCGCAGUUCACCUGUACUUGAGAGAUUGGCAGCUCAAAAUGGAGUUGGGAGGUCGAGUUCAAAUCUACAGUAAAGCAGUAAAUCCAAUUAAAUAUGCAACAUGUUUCGACCACUCCCAGCUGAUUAUCGAUGUUGGAUCAUCAAAGAAUAACGAAGAACUAAAACAAAAGGAGUAUAUUUUUGACAAUAACGAUCUUAAAUCAAAAAGUGUCAAACAAGAAGUUAUAAGCAAAAGUGAAAAACCUGGUAACAAUGCGUGUCUUAUCAAAACGUGUGAAAUAAAAGAGCGUAGGCUAUUAAUUUUAUCACAAAUCAAAACUACGCAAAACCAGUCUGAAAUCGGACUUAAAGGCAAAAACAUCUCAAUGCACAGAAAAGAGAAAAAUAUCAAAGACAAUAACAUCAUCCCAAAGCUCACAGCAUCACACUCAGAGCUUAUCAAAACGUUUUAA